AUGGCUCUAUCUGGAAAGUUAAUUGGUUAUGUAGAGAUCAGUAAGAAGGGAGAUGUAUUCCAUGAUCUCUUCAGGCACAAACCCCACGAGAUAGUUGCAAUAGCCCCUAAUAAGGUUCAUGACUGUGAACUGCAUGAUGGUGAAAGGGGAGCCGUUGGAUCUGUCAUCUCUUGGCACUACACUCAUGGUAAUCGGAUCGGAGGAGAUUUAGUGGAGGAGCUAUACAAGAGCUUUACAAUCAUAUUGCAUGUUGAACAAAAGGGUGAUGGACAGGUGGCUACUUGGACCUUUGAGUUUGAGAAGCCUGAUGUGAGUGUACCAUAUCCAACUUCUCUGAUGGACUACCUUUGUGAUCUGGUCAAGGACUUGGAUGCCCAUGGCCAUGGCAGCACUAAUUAA